AACUCAGGAUUGUCCUUGACGUUGUUUUCUUUUCAGACAUGUCAUCAACUAAUGAUGCGCUUUCCUUAUUGGUGGGACUCGCCAAUGCAAGAGCGGCAGCUGCUUCCGGCUCUUCACAGGAGCAACGCGUUGAUGAUCGAGAAACUGCUCGCCAUGAUGCUAGUUCAGCAAACAUCGUCUUCUUCGACGAUAUAAACGAUGAGAGCGUUCAAAUGACACCUGAUGAAAUAAAUCGUCAAAGGCAAAUGCAACGAGAAUUAGGAAAGCUGCAGUUUAUCAACCCUGGCGGCUCAAUGUCUCAACCAAUCAAGGGUCGUCGAUCUCGGCGAAAGAUAAUCGAAGAUAAAGAAGUGGUACAAGAGAAACGCAUUAUUUUUCAUGACAAGAAGGGAAAGCUUAUCGUUCCCGGUGAAGACUGCAUAACGCUUUGUGACUGUUUGAUCCCAGAAUGCCAUGGAUGCCAUUGGCCAUGCGAGAAUUGUGGAGGGCGUCUAUGCGGACCGAUCUGCCAACAAAAUCGCAAGAAAUUUGUGUCCAGCGUGAAAGUUUUAGGAGUCACACCAGAAGUUGUCACUAAUAAUCCCUUUGUUUCGAACAAAUAUAGCUAAGUCAACAUCAAUGCUUUACUUUGGC